AGUAGUAGGGUCGGUUCAUAAAUGCACAAACGACUAUAAUUCUCAGAGAUCCCUUUCACCUUAACUCUCUUCCGAUCUCCAAGCUCCGGGAUGAAGAAAUGGUUUCUGAUCGCGGCAACGGUGGCGAUAAUUGCCCUAAUCAUUAAGCAAGGUACCGGAUGGAACAAAGAAGCGGCGUUAGAAGCUCUAAAAGAAUGGUCGGAUCGGCUCGGGAUUUGGGCGAUUCCGACGUACGUAGCGGUUCACACCGUAACCCUAGCUUUAUGCCUCCCUCACGCCGUCUUCUUUGAAGCUGGUGCUUCUAUUCUCUUCGGUUUCCUCCCUGCCCUUCUCUGUGUUUUCUCCGCUAAAGUUCUCGCCGCUUCCUUCUCCUUCUGGAUCGGCAGGUUUGUUUUCAAGAGUUCAACCACAGCAACAGAAUGGGCACAUGGAAACAAAUAUUUCAAUAUUCUCUCGAGAGGAGUCGAGCGAGAUGGUUGGAAGUUCGUUCUUCUUGCAAGAUUCUCUCCGAUCCCUUCCUAUGUCAUAAACUACGCAUUGGCAGCUACGCAAGUCCGGUUUCUAGCUGAUUUUCUCUUCCCUACAGUUAUUGGCUGCCUCCCGAUGAUCUUGCAGAACGCUUCAGUUGGUAGCCUCGCUGGUAUGGCCGUGGCUUCAGUAGCCGGAAAACCAAAAACUCAGGUCUGGGGUUAUGUCUUCCCGGUACUUGGUGUACUGUCAAGUGUUCUAAUUACAAUGAGGAUUAAAAAGUACUCAGCUGGAAUUACAGAGGCAUCAUCAGAUACAUGUACAGCUUCUGCUAACAGUUCUAGUUUAGCUUCGUCUGAAACCGUGAAUCCUGCUUAUGGAACCGAUGGAUCCAAGAAAAGUGAGUGAUGAUAUAGAACAUGAUGGUCGUUUUUGAUCGGGCAAUACAAUUUUUUUUGGGUUGCAGCGAUCAGAUUCUGAACAUCAUGGCUUAUUUUGGGGAUGUAGGCAGUAGAAUCUUAAAAGGAACGGUGUUAGUUUUUGUACUUCUUAUUUAUAUUUUUGAACAAAACACUAAACUUGAGUUAGAAAGUUUAUAAUC